GGGUAGGGGCGAAGACGGCGACGACGCCAGUGGCAAGGAGAAGCGGCGCUACGCGGUCUACUGCAUGGAGAGUGGCAACUCUUGCACUUGCCGCUCCCCGGGCGUUUGGCACACGUGCCUUGACAAGUUCAGUCGCGAGUACUCCACCGGCAGCUUCCACCCGUGCGUGCUGCCGCGGCCGCCGCAGAAGCCAGACGGAAUGCCGCGUCGCUAUCCUUCUUCCAGCAACGACCUGCAGAGCUCACCGCGUCCCCAGUGCUCAAUGGCGCCUACCGCGCGGGCGCGCACCUUCCGCCAGCGCGUCCACGACUAA